GAAGGCGGCACUUGUGUGUGAGCUGUAGGACCUGCAGUGGUGCCCAGCACUGGCACAUACCCUGGCACUCAGCUCAUUCCUGCUGCUCUCACCUCAGCACUCACUUUGUUUGGUUUGUUUUAGCUUUAAAUAUUUCUUUUUGGCUGAUGUUUAAGUGUUUGUCGCAGCAGCAACAGCAACAGCAACACAGCAACACAGCAGAUCUUUGCACUGGGAGAAAAUUCCUUCAGACCAUCCUACUUUCAUUUCAUGUCCAUCUGUCUGAAUUACUUAGAGAACAGCACAGGACUGCCCUUGUGUCAUUGUAAUGGUUCCAUGUAGCUGAUACCACUGCUCUGCUCACUGGACUGCCACAGAAUUUGGAAGGGUCCCCUAGCCUGUUGCACUGUCUGACAGCCACCAUGAAUAUCUCAAUGCAGAAUUCCUCCAUAUGUAAUUCUACUGGUGGGAAUGAAACCUGCAUCGUCAACCCCUUUCUUCAGCCUGCCUGGCAAAUUGCUCUCUGGUCCAUAGCCUACUCCAUCAUAGUGAUUGUGUCUGUGGUUGGGAACAUCAUUGUCAUGUGGAUCAUUUUGGCUCACAAGAGAAUGAGGACUGUCACUAACUACUUCCUGGUGAACUUGGCUUUCGCCGAAGCGUCCAUGUCCGCUUUCAAUACAGUCAUCAACUUCACCUAUGCCAUCCACAACCAUUGGUACUAUGGACUCAUAUAUUGCAAGUUCCACAACUUCUUUCCCAUUUCUGCUGUGUUCUCCAGUAUUUACUCUAUGACAGCAAUAGCCCUGGACAGGUAUAUGGCCAUCAUCCAUCCACUGAAGCCAAGGUUGUCGGCCACAGCCACUAGGAUAGUGAUUGCUGUCAUCUGGGGUUUUGCCUUUGCAUUAGCCUUUCCUCAGGGAUACUUCGCCACUGUUGAACCUACACCGGAUAGAGUUGUUUGCUACAUGGAGUGGCCGGAAUCUGAGAACAGGAAGUUUGAGAAAGUGUACCAAGUGUUACUAUUUGGUCUCAUCUACUUCCUGCCGCUCCUGGUGAUAGGUUGCUCCUACACAUUUAUUGGAAUGACCCUGUGGGCAAGUGAGAUUCCCGGUGACUCCUCAGACCGAUAUCAUGAGCAAGUGGUGGCCAAGCGCAAGGUUGUGAAAAUGAUGAUCGUUGUGGUUUGUACUUUUGCAAUUUGUUGGCUGCCAUAUCACAUCUACUUCCUGCUUCAGCUUUUCUUACCUGAUGAGAGCCAGAAAUUCUACCAGCAACUUUAUUUGGGGAUUAUGUGGCUUGGGAUGAGCUCUACCAUGUACAACCCCAUCAUCUACUGUUGUUUGAAUGACAGGUUCCGCAUUGGUUUUAAGCACGUUUUCCGCUGGUGCCCAUUUAUACAUGCGGGUGAGUAUGAAGGGCUGGAAAUGAAAUCCACACGCUAUCUUCAAACCCAGAGCAGCAUGUACAAAAUCAGUCGUAUCGAAACCACCGUCUCGUCUGUCCUAAGUGCCAACGACGAAGACGCAGAGGAAACCACGAAGAGCAGUAAACGUCUGUCUUUGGAUCUUACCUCCAAUGGUUCCUCGCGCAGUGUUUGUAAGACUAUGUCCGACUCAUCCAGCUUUUACUCCAAUAAUCUUUCAUAAGGGAGACACCAUCCAACCAUAGCCUUGGGUGUCCCGUCUGCGGUUUCAAAGGCCGCAAGUCCCUGAAGCACGGUGUGCAGCUCCCAUCAGUUUCCACCUUCUUCAGGCCCAAAGUGAACAAGAGCUUGUUUACUAUUCCAGAGUCCUUACUCUCACCUUUAUAAAUUCCAUCAGGGAGACCUUGUUUACAAUUCAAUGGCAUUUAGUCAAGUGGUAGAAGACAUUACCACGUAUAAAGAAUGUAGAAUGUUUCCACUAAGUCACAUUAGUGGAUGUAUAUCCAUUUACCUCUAAAACAAAUUCUCGACUCCUCUAUACCCCCAUAAACAGCUACUGUGAUGUUUACAUAUUCUCAAGAUUUUCAGUUACACUUUCCUUGUUUGGCCACGUAAUGCUGGUCAUUGUCAAGGAAAGUAUUUAAAGGCCUCUAUGCCUUUAGGGGAGGUACAUUUUCACUUCUGCAAUCAAAGUAUUUUUCUUAAAUAUCUUCUAUAAGAUAUUUAUUCAGUUUUAUUUUUUUUUAUUAUAGUUUUUCAGUACAGAUUUCUUGCCUGCCAUAAAAUAUUAACAUUUGAGUUAUCUAUAUAAUAUAAAUGUUUAUGUACACUGUAUAUAUAUACAUCUGUGUUAUUAAUUGGAGGGUUGCUUUACAGAGAGUAACUUGACAUAUAUAUUGUGAUGGGAUGUAUGAAAUUCCUCAUUUCUGCCUUAUUGUUUCACUGCAAACGACCUUCAAGCACAGUUUCAUUUUUGAUUAAGAAUUAAGACUAUGUUAUUGACUACUUAACUGCCUUUGCUAUGAUUGUUUCUGGAGGUCCCUGCUGUACAAAACUACUGUGAAGGUGCCAGUGUUUAGAUAAAAUAUGACAAACAAUAUAAAUAUAUGUUUUCUCCUGUAAAGGGGAAGCAAAGGAUUCUUAGAAAUGUAUUCCUGAUGCAGUCGUUAUCCUUAUUUCAGAGCUGUCCAUCUCCAGGCCUCAGGGGCUUUAAUGGGACAGGUAUUAGACUAACCACAGUCUUGUUUAAGGUACAGUCAUGGCCACGCCAGUAGUUCAGUGAGGCCAUGUCCUGAUUAAAAUAGUCUGUGUCCCAAACUGCCCUGGCAAGGCCACUCUUUGGUAGAUGGUACUUCUUUUCUUCUCUGUACUUGAUUGCUGGGAGGUAUGCACUGACCCUCCAUUAUGCACUGGUGAGUCUGAAUCACUAGUGACUGUAUUUGCACUUAAGCAGGGAUAUAUAGAUAUACUUUCUGGCCUGUUAAUGCCUUUGAAGCCUAUAGUUGGACAUCCUCCUCUGCCUUUUGUUGUUUAUACCUAAAGUAUUAUUUUUUUUUUUGAUCAGGGAAAUGAUUUACUGCUUAUCCUCAGUUUAAGAGUAUGUGAUUCAUCAUAAACAUUUGCAAACCUUCUUCACAUAGCGAAGAUGUACUUAAAGCUAUAACACUUCUAUGGAAUUAUAACAGGGUCUUUACUACUAUGAAUGUGAAAAAUAAAAAGUGUGCUUACAAUGUAACUAUAGUGGGUUUUUUUUAAUAUUCCAGGACUGCCAUAGUUAUUCCUUAUAAAACAUUUAAACAGUGUGUAAACCAUAAACACAGUUUCAUGUCUGCAAUAUCAGAUCAUUUAUAAAUGGACAAGUAUAUUUCCUAGAAAUAUACAGUAUAUAGUUUGAAUACCCAACAAAGACAUAAGUAGAGUUAUACUGUGGUUGUACCACCAUCAUUUGGGUCCAGAUUGACACAUCACCAGCUUUACCCUGUGCCUUUUAGAUUUUAAUGGGAAAACUCCACAGCAGGGUAACUUGUAGUAUCUUGGAAGUUCAGCAUCCAUGGAAGAGUGCAGAUCUACACAUGCACAUUCCUUAUAGCUCCACCUUUGCUAUUCCCCCAGCAAGUUGAGAAGGACUUGCUCAUUGCCCAGUGCACACCUACAGGGGCACAUGGAUCAUGUGGAGGGUCUCUUAGGUCAUUUACCAAGACCGAGGGUCUGGCUAUGCUUUAUACCUUGCAUUGGUAAGAAAAUCCAGCCCUGUCCUUCCUGCCUUCCACAGGCUCCGUCAUGGUCUGUUUCUGCCUUAGCUCCCUAACUCCUGAAUGACAUGCAAGUUACGGGACAGGUAGGAAAAGAAGGGGGGAAGCCUAUGUGCAACUCAUGAAUGCAACUCUGCCAAACAUAGGCAGCACUGUAUUUAAGAGGCAACCUAAGCCAGGUUUUCAGUUCUUAAAUUUGACUCUGUUAAGAUAAAAGGAACAUAUUGGCAGGCUGAGACCUUCUCUGUUAUGGAGCUUCUGCGUUGCAUCACUUACAAAUAGACUUGUCGUAAAAGGUCUCUAGAAGAGUUGGUGCUCCGAAGGCUGCCAGUCUGUGACGUAGCUCCACAUUCAUUUACAAACGCACAUUUUAUAGUUCCUCUGGAAGUAAGAGAUAUCGAGGGUCAAACUGAUGGAAUAUUUUUUAUAUUGGGUCAAACAUUGGCACAUUCCACUUGGUGACAACUAUUUCCAAUAUUUUAGAGCACUUGACACUAUCAGCUUCCAUUAUUGGAAUGAGGAAACCAAAAACAGCAGGUGAAUUAUUUACAUUUUGUAAAAAAUGUAAAAUUCGGACUAUGUAUUAACAAGAGGCCUUAUUGCUUACAGUGCAUGGGUUCAUGCAGUCUAUGAAUGCUUAUGCCACAGUUGUAAGAUUUUAAUGUAAAUAAUACAGAUUACUAGGGAAAAAAACAUUUAGAAAAGCCUUAAAUGUUGAAUUUCUGGCCAUUGUAAAUGAGUUUUACAUUCACCAAUCACACAGACACAGUUACACAGAGACUCUCUUGAUUUGCCAUUCAGGUCGCACAGAUUCCAUUCGAUGAAACUCUGUGUUGGCUGUAGAAACAGCUGGACUCGAUGUGUAUUUGAGCCCUUAUUUUGGGAUCCUGAUUUCUCUAUUAAAAUCAAACAUUCUUACAAAUGGCAGCCCUGAAAUAUUCCAACUUAGUUGCGCUCCUCACGUUCUUUUUUGGAGGAACAGCAACAUCUAAAUAUGUUUUUGUAUAUUUUGUGAAUAAAUGUAUCCAUUGCUACUGCAAACCAAUCAGAAAGCUCCAUGAUUGAGAUCUCCUAUUCUGUAGGAUACAUUCAUGAUAGAAUGGAGUAAACUGAUUGGUCCUUUAUAUUUUAGUGUUAAUCAAUAUGUUUGCUACAGUCUAGCACUCUGGCUUUCAUGCACCCCGCCAUCUUGAUAAACACAGUGUAUUUGUUUAGCUUUGUACUGUGCUCAAUGAGCUGUGAUGUAGAUGUAUAUCGAGUAUGACUGUUUACCUAUGUAAAUGUUUUCACUCUUAAAACAAAAGCAGUAUUUUCACAAAUAAAUGUGUUGUUUCAUCAA